UCUCCAGGUUAAACCCUAGUACACUUGAAGCUAUAAACCCAAAUUUCUCCCCUUUCCUCUUUCUAAUGGAGCAGGAGCCACAGAGUAAGGAUCAAUCUUCACGAAACCCAAACCCGCUAUGCGAAGAGUGCAAGGAGAACCCAUCAAAGUACAAAUGCCCAGGCUGCUCUAUUCGCUCUUGCAGCCUUCCUUGUGUCAAAGCUCACAAGCAACGCACUGGCUGCUCGGGAAAGCGGCUUCAGACGCAGUUCGUCCCUCUAUCUCAAUUCAAUGAUAAUCUCCUCUUAUCUGAUUAUAGUUUGCUUGAGGAAAUGAAGAGGGUUGCUGAAUCUGCUCAGAGAAUGAGAACAAAAUUGUGUGCAUAUCCUCAAUUUAGGUUACCGGCUCAUCUUCGAAGCCUUAAGGGUGCUGCUGCAGGCCGGAGAACAAAGCUUCUUUUUCUCCCAAGUGGAAUGUCAAAGAGGGAGAAGAAUCAAUCUCGUUACAACCAAAGGAAGAAAUUUAUAUCUUGGACAAUUGAGUGGCGAUUUCACUCUACAGAUGUUAUUUUGCUUGACCAUGGAGUACAUGAAGACACAUACCUCUGCUCCGUAAUUGAGAAGCAUCUAAAGCCUGGACCAUGGAACCAUCAAUUAAGGCAAUUCUGUGAUGAGCAUCUGGACUCUCUUAAGUUUUUAAUCCGUAAAUAUCCAAAGGGACCCAAGUCACCUUUCUAUGAGCUGGACAUAAAGGCCCCAUUAAAGCAACAACUAGCCAAUGUUGUUAUUUUGGAGUACCCUGUAAUUUAUGUUUUCCUCCCUUCACACAGUUACGAUUUUGAAGUUGUCAAAGAUGUGAAACCUGUCACUAAUAGACCAGAAUCUAAGAAUUCUGUUCACAAUGAUGAGUCAAGCCCAAAAGGUGUUGCCUUCAGGGAGGAGGAAAUAGAAGAAAACGAUGACCCCUCAAAUCCUCAGGUUUAUGAUUUCCUGAAAAAUGUAAUUUUGAGUCCGUUACAUGAAAUCCCUCAUCAAAGCAUAUCUGAGAACACAUUAUGUGAGCAAUCUGAUGCCUUGGCAAGAGAGGCAGCAAGCAAUAAUUCACAUUACAAUUCCCAGACCAUGGAACCAGGAAUUUUUGAGGCUAUGGACUUUGAUUUUGAUCAAGGCUUGAUGGAUGCCUACUCGGAUCUCAUUGGACAAGUCAAUCCUGAUGACUUUCUUGAUUUAGAAGGUGAAUUUCCCAAGGAAGAGAGGUUAGAAGAAAGGAAAGAUUUUUGGAAUUCCAGGGGAACUUCAUUAGUGCAAGAGGAAUUAGAAGAAGGGGAAAUUGUGGAGUAAUUGGUAUGCUGGUUUUGAAUUGGACUUUGAUGGGUGGAAUUUAAAGGAACAGCUCAUGAAAAUUACUUCGCAAUUCCAGAUUCAAUUUUUUUCAGUUCCCGUAUACUAGUAGUAGUGGUUAUGAAUCAGAAUCCAUUGUCUUUAUGGUAAGGCGCACAUUCUUCCCCUCAUAUGAAGUCUAUGGAUGCUAUUUGAUAUGCAUUGGUCUCAGUUGGAACGUAUGAUUUUGAUACCAGCCGUCUUAUGUUCAUGUUUCCAACUUCUGAAACUGGCUACCAGCCUUCCGGAUAUGCAUCCAAGCUAAGCUACAUCUGUAAUGAAACUAAGAUGUUUAUCAUCGUUUAUCCCUUGCUGUUGGAUGGUAAAGCUAUUUUGUGCAUUUUGAUUGCAGAACUUAAUGGUAUAAAGCACUUCGCAGGCAUUUUUAUAACA